AUGGGCGAGCGGCGGGCCGGGCCCGAGCGGGACUCCUCUCCAGGUGCCCUGGAAAAUGGUGUGAGAGCCAGCGAAGAGCCUCUUCUCCGGAAAAAUCCCCAUCGGUUUGUCAUCUUCCCCAUCCAGUACCCAGACAUAUGGAAAAUGUAUAAGCAAGCUCAGGCCUCUUUUUGGACAGCAGAAGAGGUUGACUUGUCAAAAGACCUGCCCCACUGGAACAAGCUAAAAGCAGAUGAAAAAUACUUCAUCUCUCAUGUUCUGGCCUUUUUUGCAGCCAGCGAUGGAAUUGUAAAUGAAAACCUGGUGGCACGUUUUAGCCAGGAGGUGCAGAUCCCAGAAGCUCGUUGUUUCUAUGGCUUUCAGAUCCUUAUCGAGAACGUUCACUCCGAGAUGUACAGCUUGCUUAUAGACACUUACAUCAAAGACCCUGAGGAAAGGGAUUUUUUAUUUAAUGCCAUUGAAACAAUGCCUUGUGUCAAGAAGAAAGCAGACUGGGCUCUCAGGUGGAUUGAAGACAGAGAAUCUACGUUUGGUGAGAGGGUGGUUGCCUUUGCUGCAGUUGAAGGAAUCUUCUUUUCGGGUUCCUUUGCUGCUAUAUUUUGGCUGAAGAAGAGGGGCCUGAUGCCUGGACUGACUUUCUCCAAUGAGCUCAUUAGCCGAGAUGAGGGUUUACACUGUGAUUUUGCUUGCCUGAUGUUUCACUAUUUGGUGAACCGACCGUCAGAAGAGAGGGUGCGCGAGAUCGUCGUUAACGCGGUUGAGAUUGAGCAGGAGUUCCUAACAGUGGCGUUACCUGUAGGUCUCAUUGGAAUGAACUGCACUUUGAUGAAACAGUAUAUUGAAUUUGUUGCAGACCGGCUGCUUAUGGAGCUUGGGUUCUCCAAGGUCUUUCACGCAGAAAAUCCCUUUGAUUUCAUGGAGAAUAUUUCUCUGGAAGGAAAAACAAAUUUCUUUGAGAAGCGGGUUUCAGAGUAUCAACGUUUUGCUGUUAUGGCAGAAACAAUGGACAAUGUUUUCACUCUGGAUGCGGAUUUUUGAUACCUUGACAAAAAAAGGACAGCAGUUUCCCCCUCCCAUCUUCUGCUGUGAAGUCAUCUCUACUUCCUCUCCUGGAAUUAGAGUCUAUUCGGAUUUUUUUUCCUGGCAUUUGAUGGUUUUUCUCUGC